UAGACGCGUAGCGUCUAGUUCCCUUCACAGCGGGGAACCAGUGGGACCAGCAGGGGUCACAGCAGUAGCGGAUCUUGCCAUGGUGCAGCGCCCUCCGGAAGGCGGCGCUCGGGCAAAAGUCCUGCAAGAUUCGCUACUGAUUGUGGGCCGUAGUCAGAUGGCGGAUCUGCACCUAGCUUGGGGCAGGUGAAAGUGUCAAUGAUUGGUGAUACCGAUGGGUUGCACAUCUGAAGGCACUCGCAGUGGGCGUCCCGGCCCUCGCACAGUCAGACGUGACUGCAGCAUGACUCAGUCUCAGGCCAGUGUCUUAUAGGCAGAGCGCUAAUUAUACUGAUAAAAACCCGGCACCUUAAUCUGAAGAAAAUCUCCUAUAUCUCCCACCCACCCAACUUCUUCCUAGAGCAUUUGCUACUCCGCUGUGUGAGCUGCAGAGCUUGCAAUUCAUUAUGUUUCCCAGCUAAAAUGAUGUAUUGUGUUAUUCUGCUGUUCCUGCAGAUCAGAGACUCCGGCAUCUGAGCGAUACAGAAUAACCAGAGUAACAUGGAGUAUUCAGUGAAUAAGAUCGUUACAGCAAAACUUGGUCCCGUUCCUGUCCCUUAUCUGAUCCUUGUAUUUAUUAUCCCAUCCUGGACCUUUUUCUCAAGUGAUGAGAGAUCCUUGAUAUUUUCUAUGUUUAUAAUAGCCACCACUAUCCUGAAGGGAUCGCUCUUCUUGUACUGGACUCAGGACAAAGUUAGCCUUCUUCUGCUGUGGAUAGUUCUCCGGCCUGGUGUAUAUAUACUGCAAGCAGCCAUACUGCAUUACAGCCUCCAAGCCUCCGUCAUACCCGCGGUCAUUGUUCUCCUUCCAUCUACUGAGACGGUCAUCCUCAUCGUCAGGUUCCAUCGAGACGACCUGGGUGUGGGUGAUGAGAAGUACAAGUACAGCAAGCCGGCGCCACGUAGCACUGUGCCCGUCAGAAGCAGACAGGUUGUAGUGAUAUUCUCCCGGAGCUCGGAGGAGAAUUAUAGAUGGCUGUCUGCGUUGCUGAGGGACGCUGCCAAGGUCGUUCAUUUUCAGAUCACAAACCGCAACUAUGGGGGUUUCACCCAGCAGGUCUCUCAGUGCAGCUUCGCCAUACUGUACCACACGAAGACGCAUGGGAGGGUCAAUAUCACCAACGUGACUGACUCGCUGUAUGACGAAGAGCUGGACUACCUGCACAAGCACCUGGGUCAGAAAAAUGUCGCAGUCGUGGCAGAUGAUCUGGACGACAGCAGCUCUCUGACAAAGAACAACAUCCUGAAGAACCAAACCUCCAUCCGGGACAAGACCUGUGACCUCUUUCUGUUCACCCCGCAAGACAAAGUGGACCCACAAUUCAUAAGGAAUAAGAUAAAGCCCCUAAUUGACAUGCUUGGGAAAGGGUCGUGUAGCUAUUGUCUAGCUGAUCUAGUUGUGGCCCUUCUCAUACUAGCGCCUUGGUUUUAUUUUGCUGUCACCGUUUAUAACGCGGGUUAUCUUAUCUCCACAAACUGCAGCGGAUCAGCCCUCCUGUACUACGCCCUGUUUCCCCUACAUCCUCCCGGCUCUGUCCUUCCAUCUACGCACCCCAUAUGUCGGCAGAAAGCCCAAACCCAAUUAUGGGGUAAAAAGAAGAGCGCCUACACUUUGGGUAUAGCAGUCGUCCUCGUACUAUUGGCGGCUGAGCUGGUUACAGUUGUCUGGAUACCUUCGGUCUGUGACAUGGUGUUACUCAUCCUGCAGUCAGUCGCCACCGGAAUCCUUGUGAUCGCACAGGCUUUAUAUUAGCCUGGAAUCUCUGCAAAAAACAUCUUCAGGAAACUAUUAUAAAACCUGGUCUUCUCCUCCAACAUCCCAAAGUCCUGCUCCUGUAUCACCAUGUGUAUUCUGUAUUGCUGGAUGACUGACGGAGCCCUUUCUGCUAGAUGGAAUUGUCUGUUAUGUACGUGUCCUCUCAGACCUUACUGUUACCACCGUGGCCUCCUCCUCAGCGUCAUCCAUUGAUACUCUGUGACCAUUCCUCAGCCUUAUCUCCUGAUACCUUGUGACCAUUCGUCUUCCUUAUCCUCAUCUCCUGAUACCCUGUGACCAUUCCUCUUCCUCGUCCUCAUCUCAUGAUACCCUGUGACCAUUCCUCUUCCUCAUCCUCAUCUCCUGAUACCCUGUGACCAUUCCUCUUCCUCAUCUUCAUCUCCUGAUACCCUGUGACCAUUCCUCUUCCUCAUCUUCAUCUCCUGAUACCCCGUGACCAUCCCUCUUCCUUAUCCUCCUCUUCUGAUACCCUGUGUCCAUUCGUCUUCCUCAUCCUCAUCUCCUGAUACCCUGUGACCAUUCCUCUUCCUCAUCCUCAUCUCCUGAUACCCUGUGACCAUUCCUCUUCCUCAUCUUCAUCUCCUGAUACCCUGUGACCAUUCCUCUUCCUCAUCUUCAUCUCCUGAUACCCUGUGACCAUUCCUCUUCCUCAUCUUCAUCUCUUGAUACCCUGUGACCAUUCCUCGUCCUUGUCCUCAUCUCAUGAUACCCUGUGACCAUUCCUCUUCCUCAUCCUCAUCUCCUGAUACCCUGUGACCAUUCCUCUUCCUCAUCUUCAUCUCCUGAUACCCUGUGACCAUUCCUCUUCCUCAUCUUCAUCUCCUGAUACCCCGUGACCAUCCCUCUUCCUUAUCCUCCUCUUCUGAUACCCUGUGUCCAUUCGUCUUCCUCAUCCUCAUCUCCUGAUACCCUGUGACCAUUCCUCUUCCUCAUCCUCAUCUCCUGAUACCCUGUGACCAUUCCUCUUCCUCAUCUUCAUCUCCCGAUACCCUGUGACCAUUCCUCUUCCUCAUCUUCAUCUCCCGAUACCCUGUGACCAUUCCUCUUCCUCAUCUUCAUCUCCUGAUACCCUGUGACCAUUCCUCUUCCUCAUAUUCAUCUCCUGAUACCCUGUAGCCAUCCCUCUUCCUUAUCCUCCUCUUCUGAUACCCUGUGACCAUUCGUCUUCCUCGUCCUCAUCUCCUGAUACCCUGUGACCAUUCCUCAUCUUCAUCUCCUGAUACCCUGUGACCAUCCCUCUUCCUUAUCCUCCUCUUCUGAUACCCCGUGACCAUUCAUCUUCCUCCUCCUCAUCUCCUGAUACCCUAUGACCAUUCCUCUUCCUCAUCUUCAUCUCCUGAUACCCUGUGACCAUUUCUCUUCCUUAUCCUCCUCUUCUGAUACCCUGUGACCAUUCCUCUUCCUUAUCCUCCUCUUCUGAUACCCUGUGACCAUUCCUCUUCCUCAUCCUCAUCUUCUGAUACCCUGUGACCAUUCCUCUUCCUCAUCCUCAUCUUCUGAUACCCUGUGACCAUUCCUCUUCCUCAUCUUCUGAAACCCUGUGACCAUUCCUCUUCCUCAUCCUCAUCUUCUGAUACCCUGUGACCAUUCCUCUUCCUCAUCUUCAUCUUCUGAUACCCUGUGACCAUUCUUCUUCCUUAUCCUCCUCUUCUGAUACCCUGUGACCAUUCCUCUUUCUCGUCCUCAUCUCCUGAUUCCUCUUCCUCAUCUUCAUCUCCUGAUACCCUGUGACCAUUCCUCUUCCUCAUCCUCAUCUUCUGAUACCCUGUGACCAUUCCUCUUCCUCAUCCUCAUCUUCUGAUACCCUGUGACCAUUCCUCUUCCUCAUCUUCAUCUUCUGAUACCCUGUGACCAUUCCUCUUUCUCAUCCUCAUCUUCUGAUACCCUGUGACCAUUCCUCGUCCUCAUCUCCUGAUACCCUGUGACCAUUCCUCUUCCUCAUCCUCAUCUUCUGAUACCCUGUGACCAUUCCUCUUCCUCAUCUUCUGAAACCCUGUGACCAUUCCUCUUCCUCAUCCUCAUCUUCUGAUACCCUGUGACCAUUCCUCUUCCUCAUCUUCAUCUUCUGAUACCCUGUGACCAUUCUUCUUCCUCCUCCUCAUCUUCUGAUACCCUGUGACCAUUCCUCUUUCUCGUCCUCAUCUCCUGAUACCUUGUGACCAUUCCUCUUCCUCAUCUUCAUCUCCUGAUACCCUGUGACCAUUCCUCUUCCUCAUCCUCAUCUUCUGAUACCCUGUGAACAUUCCUCUUCCUCAUCUUCAUCUUCUGAUACCCUGUGACCAUUCCUCUUCCUCAUCCUCAUCUUCUGAUACUCUGUGACCAUUCCUCUUCCUCAUCCUCAUCUUCUGAUACCCUGUGACCAUUCCUCUUCCUCGGCAUCAUGUCCUGAUAUCUGCUUUGAUAGUUUUCCUUUAUUUUGCUGGUUGUAACUUAUAUUUUAUUUACUGAUUUGAUAUCUUGGAUAACAUGGUUCAUUCUUCAGUCUGUUGCCCUCAAUAAAAUGUCUCUUUUACAA